CGAAACCCUCAACCGCCCAAACCAUCUUUUACCCUUUACAGUACUCCACGCUGAAGCAAGACAAAAUGCGCCUCCUCACCACCACCACUCUCCAAUUGGCCGUCCCUCUCCUCCUCCUGGCCACUUCACCCGCACGAGCUCAAGCUGGAGGCGCCAUCCCAACACCGGGAGCACCUGUGGUGAUUCCUCGCCCUGUUGACCCGCACCAGGAGCCUAGUGGUGUCCCAUCGGGUGUGGUCGCUGUGCCCCCUCUGACCUCCGCGACUGCCAUUGCGACUGCCAUGGCCACGGCAACUACGACCACCUUGACCUCCUCGUCGGCGAGCGCGACGCAGACGCCCACUGUGGUUGUGAUGGAUACUGGGAGCAGCAGUCAGGCAACUCUGACGACGAUAAGCACUGCAACUCCUACGAUGGGCGCAGGGGCGGCCGCGGCGACCAACGGGGGCACUAGCCGUCAUCGAGCACCAGUCGCUGCUGGGCUCGUGAUGGCCGUUAUUGUUUCUGCGGGUCUCAUUUGAAAGACUUGAAUACCUUCCAUCGGAUCGUUUCUGUAAAUCUGGCGUAAGCGCUGGCGUUCAAUAUCCCCCCGCAUAAGGUGCACGACAUCAAAACACAUAAGCAUUUCAAAUUACUAGACGUGACCAGCUGGUAGACCUCCUUAGAUCUAGAUACUGCAUCGAUGUGCUCCUGACUUACUUCAUGAACCGUACAUUUGCCUGGCCAGAAGCUGUAAGCCCUGUUGUCAUCAAAGCCAGAAGGCGCCAUGUCAUAAUGUAGACGAACUUGGAAAGUUGCAGAGACGAAUCAUGGUGCAGCUUCGCCUUCCUCUAUAUCUCUUUUGCGCCAUCACUGUUAACUAAUGAAGGUGGGAGCGCGGAAUGAGAGACGAUCUAGCUAUUCAGAAGCGCUGGUUUCAGCACAAUUAGGCCAAAUGCCCAAAGAAACCCGUAAAUCCAUGAAUAUGUCGCUGUGCAGUCGUU